CGCUUAUCUCGGGGUAGAGCGGGACCAGAGAGGUUCCUAUAAAGUUGGUCAGUCAAAGAAAAGAUUCGGAGAUGUGUCCAGAAAAUCACAGACAGGUAAUGUGAGCUGUCACCUGACGACAUACAGCUACUACAACACUUGGUUUGUUAACUGAUUGAAAGUAAGAACAAGUUUCAACUAACGAACAAUGGCAGAUUUCACGACAGUCACCGGGGCCUUGCAACAAUAUGCUAAACUCGUACCACAACGUCCGGCAUUCAUCUUCCACGACUGCCACGGGGGUCGCCAGGUCCUCACCUACGAGCUCAUCUAUCGUCUGGGUGGACGGUGGGCCGCUGUACUCAAGGCAUCGGGCUUGGGGCGUGGUCACUUCAUCCUCAACACGCUGCCUAAUUCUCCCGAGAGAGCUGUGUGCGAGACGGGCCUCCUCAUGUCGGGGGCCUUCUCCGUCAACGGUCAGUGUCAGCUGGCAGACGGCUCCGACAUCCUACACGGACUGCAGAAAUCUCAAGCCAUGGCUAUCGUCAUCGACCCUGACUUCCACAACAUCCCCUGGAACGCGCUCAGGACCUGCCUGCAACUCAUCGGCCAAAACGAUGUCGCUUGUGAGAAGCUCCCAAGUCUCCGGAAAGUCUUCUUUAUUCGGCGAAACGAAAAGGGUAGCGACGACGACUUUCUGAGUCACCUGGAAAAUCUGGACGACUGGUUCUACGACGACGAAAUCACCGCGGAUGACAUCUGCACGGUCUUCACCACCUCGGGCAGCACUGGCUUUUCUAAGCUUGUCGUCAAAACUCACGGCGACAUAGUACGUACAGCCAAGAAAAUGGAGACUGUCAACUAUGUUUCUCCCGAAUCUUUAAAACGAUUCUCCAUUGCUCUUUUUGGCUGGGUAGGGGGUUAUCUGGGAUACACGUUUGUGGCAGCCGACACCCGAGUUCUUUUCGACUUUAGAACUGGGAUACCCGACGACAUGGCUGAACUCAUAUAUCGAACAAUACAAGAAGAGAAAUGUGAUACUGGCUUCGUUGCACCAAUUUAUAUGCACAAAAGCCCUUUAACAUCAGAUGGCUUCAUUCGAACAGGUGACAUAGGAAAGCUCACUGCUGAUGGUCACCUCAUUGUGGAAGGUCGAGGCAGCGACGCCAUUUCUCGAGGUGUGUAUAUUUUCUACCCUGGGUGGCUGGAAACUCGAAUUCGUCGGUGUCCCGGAGUGGUGGACGUGGCGGUGGUAGGUGUGCCGGAUCCUGGGGUCGGCGAAGAGCUCUGCGCGUGCUUGUUGCUGGAGUCGGACGACAUCACCGUGCAGUCGCUACAAGAGUUUGUAGAGAAGGACAUCGUGACCUCCAUCAAUGACCCACUUUCACCGAGACCAAGAUUUUACUUGAAGUUUGACUCGUUUCCUUUGACCCGCACAGACAAGACGUUUCGCCGUUUUAUCAGAGACGAGGCAACAGUUCGUCUAUCUAAACAAGGAUGA